GACCGUGUUCCGCGCCGCAGCACAUCAUGAGAUGAAUGCAGCAUAAAUGCAUACGUUCACUGCUAUGGAGAUUCCUAUUGGCUGAUGCUACUCUCGUCUGUUAUGCAGUAUGCAGGCCUGGAGCUCCUGGAAGAGUCCUGUCGGCGGGCCUUCCUAAAUCCAGCCCAGACCCACCCAUGCCUGUUAUUCCCAUCCCAAGGAGGGUUCGAUCCUUCCACGGGCCGCACACGACAUGCAUGCACUCGGCCUGUGGCCCGGCGCGCACCGCUCAGCUCGUACGCUCCAAAUACAACAACUUCGACCUGUACCUGAAGUCCCGCUGGAUGUACAGCUUCGUGCGCUUUCUCCUGUAUUUCGGCUGCAGUUUGCUGACGUCUCUGCUGUGGGUUGUGUUAUCGGCGCUGUUCUGCGUGCAGUAUAUCAGCGUUCGUGUGUUUCUCCGACUGCAAUACAAGCUGUCGGUCAUUCUACUGCUGCUGGGUCACCGACGCCUGGACUUCGCCAUCCUCAAUGACCUCUUCAUCUACAGCAUGCACAUCACCAUGUUUCUGAUCGGAGGCCUGGGGUGGUGUUUCAUGGUGUUUGUGGACAUGUGAGGGGUGUAUCUAAUUAACUAGUGUUUAAUUAUACACACCGAGGGAUUAUGCACAGAACUGAGAGUGUGUUUGGGACGCUCUUAAAGGGACAGUACACGUACAAAUAAAAAUUCUGUCAUCGUUUACUCUCCAUAUGGUUUUCUAUACAGUCCUAUUUGGACUAAUGUCAGUAACUAAACUGAUCUCAUCACUCGUUUACUGCCAUAUAUUAUGGGAGUAAAUGCAUAGUUGGCCUAUAGGAUGAUGUUUCAUAGUGUUUGUGGACAUGUUUAGGGAAAUUAUCACUGUGCUAGUGUUUAAUACACACUGAGUGUUUAAGGACAGAACUGAGAGUGUGUUUGAGACGCUCUUAAAGGGACAGUGCACACACAAAUGAAAAUUCUGUCAUCAUCUACUCGCUCUAAGGUUGUUUUACAGUUCUAUACAUUUCUAUUUGGACAAAUGUCAGCAACUAAACAGAUCUCGUCACUUAUUUACCAUAUAUAAUGGGAGUAAAUGGGUGGUGAGAUCUGUUUGUUUACUGAUAUAUUAUAUCUAGGCCUAUAGGAUGGUGUUUGUGGACAUGCUUAGGGAAAUUUUCACUGUGCUGGAGAAGUGUUCUAGCUCCAGUGUUUAAUUAUACACACUCAUGGAUGUGAUUUGUAAAGCAUGCAGACUGACAGAGCUGAGAGUGUGUUUGAGACACUCUUAAAGGGACAGUGCACACACAAAUGAAAAUUCUGUCAUCAUCUACUCAACCUGAAGCUGUUUUGGUUUUCUAUACAGUUAUAUUUGGACUAAUGUCAGUAACUAAACAGGUCUCGCCACUCAUUUACUGCAAGAUAUUAUGGGAGUAAAUGGGUGGUGAGGUCUGUUUGUUUUCUCACAUUUGUUCAAAUGUGGACCACAAAUCCAGUUAUAAGUGUCAUUUUCUUUAAUAAUCAGGCUUUCCAUUGAUGUUUGCUGUGUGAGGAUUGGACAACUAUUGAAAAUCUGCAAUCUGAGGGUUCAAAAAUGGGACAUUUGCAUUCAAAGUUGUGCAGUUAUACAUAUUACUAAUCAAAAAAUGAAUUUUGAUAUAUUUGCAGACAAAUAUUUACUAAAUAUCUUCACGAAACAUGAUCUUUACUUAAUAUUUUAAUGAGAUUUGGCGCAAAAAAGGGUUUUUCAAAGCAUGCAGAUUGACUGAACUGAGAGUGUGUUUGGGAUGCUCUUAAAGGGACAGUGCACACACAAAUGAAAAUUCUGUCAUCAUCAACUCAACCUGAAGCUGUUUUGGUUUUCUAUACAGUUCUAUUUGGACUAAUGUCAGUAACUAAACAGGUCUCGUCACUUAUUUACUCCCAUAGUUGGAAAAUAUAUACUAUUAUGGGAGUAAAUGGGUGGUGAGGUCUGUUUGUUUAUUGGCAUUCGUCCAAAUGUGGAACACAAAUCCAGUUAUAAGUGUCAUUUUCUUUAAUAAUUAGGAUUUCCGCUGAUGUUUGCUGUGUGAGGAUUGGACAAUAUUUGGCUGAGAUACAACUAUUGAACAUCUAGAGUCUGAGGGUUCAAAAAUAUCUAAAUAUUUGGAUUUUUUUCUUUAAAGUUUUACAAAUGAAUCUCUUAGCAAUACAUAUUACUAAUCAAAAAUGGAGUUUUGGUAUAUGUACAGAAGGAUAUGUACUAAAUAUCUUCACAGAACAUGAUUUUUAAUAAUCUAAUCAUAUUUGGCAUAAAGUGUUUUUGGAUUUAGUUUUUACAGCAUGCAGAUUGACAGAACUGAGAGUGUGUUUGGGAUGCUCUUAAAGGGACAGUGCACACACAAAUGAAAAUUCUGUCAUCAUCUACUCCACCUAAGGUUGUUAUAUCUUAUAAAAUAUCUUCAUGGAACACAAUCUUUACUUAAUAUUCAAAUGAUUUUUGUCAUAAAAGAAAAAUCAGUCAUUUUUGACCCUUACAGUGAAUUCUGGCCUGUUGCCACUUAAGACAAAUGGAAAUACAACCUGAGGAGAGUAAACAAUGACAGAGUUUUCUUUUCUGGGUGCACUGUUCCUUUAAGAAAACCCUUUUCUACAGUUUGUUAAAUUCCAUUGUUAAAAACAAACAUUGACUGCGUAUUUUUCUUUCUUUUUUUUUGUUCUUGUUAAAGUUUUAUAUCAAUUACAUAUGUUGUUUGUGUGUUGUUGUAUUUUAAACACCGUGUGUAAGGGAAUAUCAUUUUUGUAUGUUUCGUUCAUUGUCAGAUCUGCAUGUGCCUCAAGUUAAUGCUGAUGUUUACUUUUGAGAAGGUGGUUUGCUUCCCUUCCGUUCUCACACACAUGCAGAAAAUACUAUAGUAAUGUAGAGUAAAUGAUACACUGUGUUCGAACCACUCUAUAGUAAAGUACUUAUAAUACUCUGUUCUGUUGAUUCUACAGUUGCUAUGGUAACACAGCAACUAUAGCAAUCAAUCUGUUGUGGCAAUUCUAUUGUUGCUAUGGUAACUCAACAACUAUAGAAAUUGAUCUGUUGUGGCGAUUCUAUUGUUGCUAUGGUAACACAACAACUAUAGUAAAUGAUCUGUUGUGGUGAUUCUACAGUUGCUAUGGUAACAACAACUAUAGUAAUUGAUCUGUUGUGGCGAUUCUAUUGUUGCUAUGGUAACACAACAACUAUAGUAAAUGAUCUGUUGUGGUGAUUCUAUUGUUGCUAUGGUAACAGCAACUAUGGUAAUUGAUCUGUUGUGGCGAUUCUAUUGUUGCUAUGGUAACACAACAACUAUAGUUAUCUGUUGUGGCGAUUCUAUUGUUGCUAUAGUUACACAACACCAAUAGUAAUUGAUCUGUUGUGGUGAUUCUAUUGUUGCUAUGGUAACACAACAACUAUAGUAAUUUAUCUGUUGUAGCGAUUCUAUUGUUAAUAUGGUAACACAACAACUAUAUCAAUUGAUCUGUUGUGGCAAUUAUAUUGUUGCUAUGGUAACCCAGCAACUAUAGUAAUUUAUCUGAUGUAGCGAUUCUAUUGUUGCUAUGGUAGCACAACAACAAUAGUAAUUGAUCUGUUGUGGCGAUUCUAUUGUUGCUAUGGUAACCCAGCAACUAUAGUAAUUUAUCUGAUGUAGCGAUUCUAUUGUUGCUAUGGUAGCACAACAACAAUAGUAAUUGAUCUGUUGUGGCGAUUCUAUUGUUGCUAUGGUAACACAACAACAAUAGCAAUUGAUUGCUUGUGAUGAUUCUAUAGUUGCUAUGGUAACAAAACAUCAACAAAAGACCCACUACUGUAGUUUUCCACAACUCUAGGGUAUAUUAUACUACAGUACCACACGGUUUACUGCAAUAAAAACUUAAGUAUACUACAAUACUAAACAGUUAACACUGUUUCAAAGAGAAUCAUUAUCAAAGUGUUGUAAAUUCUACAAUACAUACAUUGUAAUACUAUCGUGUGGUUCAAAAACACUAGUAUUUACUGAUAAUUACUGUAGUGUUUUUAAUGCAGGCGCACUGAAAUACUCUUCACUAAUGGCCUGUUUUAGCACACUUGCGGCGCUCAGACCAUAUUAUUUGUGUGGUGCCAAUCAGAGCAUGAGUCUGAUGCCCCAUGUUGCAUUAGUGUGGUGUUGUUGGCGCCAGGCUGGCAUGAAAGUAGAGUGAGUGAGUACAAUCUCCCAUUGUUGGAGGAUCAAACAUCAUAUGCCUCAUACUUGGCCAGGCACACUCUUUUGUUCUGAAUCUGAACGGACAGCACUGGCGUUUCUGACAGGCUCAGUCCAGGAGGGUCAGUGCUGGAUAAACUGCUGUGAAAUAUACCUGGAAUAUCCCUGGUACGGUCUCCGGGACGUCAGAUGGCGGUUGUGUUGUAGCACAGUUCAGUAUCAUCUCAGGAACAGCAUUAAAACACUAUGAGGGAAAGUUGUGGGUGUGUUUAUGGUUUCUGUGUGCAAUAAAUGUACGUAAGUCAGAAAA